AUGAUUUCAUCUAGUCAUGGCCUUCCUGAUGACCAAAGUCCUGAAGCUGUGGCAAACUGGCUAGAACAGUUUCCCAAUGCAAAACCCGAGCUCACAAAACUCCACUUCUUUCUCAACAACAUCCUCGACAAGGAUCCUCCGGCGAGUACCCCGGUCGCGAAGGCGAGUACAACCGACAAGACGCCGGAGACAAACUACGGUUUAGUGAGAGCAAUAGACGCUCCAUUAACCGAGCAGUCUUUUUCCGAUCAACCCGACGCGAAGGUUAUCGGUUAUUGUCAAGGGCUCUAUACAUUUUCUUCGCAGAAAGAAAUGGCCACCCUUAUGACCCUUAACUUUGUUUUCACCGACGGCGAGUUCAAAGGCAGCACUCUUAGCAUCUUGGGGCGUAAUUUGGUGCCGGCAAAGUACCGGGAGUUCUCGGUUGUUGGCGGUUCCGGCCAUUUCCGGAUGGCGCGAGGUCUCGGCACAGCCAGCACUUAUUUUCGUGAUCCCGUUAAGGGAGAUGUUCUGGAGAUGAGCCUCGCAUUCCACCGUUACAUUCUUCCGAAUGAUAUUCAUUCUAAGAGUAAUUAA